UAUAUAUAUAUGGAAGAUGAAUAACCUUUUAAAAAUAGAAAAGACUUAAUUGCAUUAAUUUGUUAAGCCUUCAAAGAAAUACAGAAUACGAAUGACGUGAUAUAUGAAAGUGGGUGUGCCUGCUAUUGGCUUGCCGGCUAUUAAACGUGAAGGUUUUCUUUGAUAUUAUUCGAUAUUAUUCCAAUUUUAUUUUUCGAAAACAGUGUUAUUUGUACAUAUUUUUAAAUAUAUUUAUUACAAUUUGUUAUACAGAUAAAAAUGUCACAACAACAGUAUUAUCCAUUUAAAUGUACUCCUACAGUAUAUCCUGCAGAACCAUUUGAUGCAAAUGCAGAUGCUGCACUGUUACGUAAAGCAAUGAAAGGUUUUGGUACUGAUGAGAAAACAAUUAUUGAUGUACUUACAAGAAGAGGAAUUGUUCAGAGAUUAGAAAUUGCUGAAGCAUAUAAAACUUUGUACGGAAAAGAUUUGAUUAGUGAUUUAAAAAGUGAAUUAACAGGGAAAUUAGAAGAUGUUAUAAUUGCUCUUAUGACACCAUUACCUCAUUAUUAUGCUAAAGAAUUGCAUGAUGCUGUUAGUGGAUUAGGAACUGAUGAAGAAGCAAUUGUAGAAAUUUUGUGUACUUUGAGUAAUUAUGGUAUACGUACUAUUGCAGCAUUUUAUGAAAAUUUAUAUGGAAAAUCUCUUGAAAGUGAUUUGAAAGGAGAUACUUCAGGUCAUUUUAAGAGAUUAUUAGUGUCUCUUGUACAAGCAAAUAGAGAUGAAAAUCAAGGAAUAGAUCAAACUCAGGCUAUAGCAGAUGCACAAGCACUAUAUGAAGCUGGUGAAAAACAAUGGGGUACAGAUGAAUCACAAUUUAAUGCUAUUUUAGUAACUCGUAGUUAUCAACAAUUAAGACAGACUUUUAUUGAAUAUGAAAAAAUAUCUGGGCAUGAUAUUGAAGUUGCUAUUAAAAAGGAAUUUUCUGGAAAUCUUGAAAAAGGUUUACUGGGAAUAGUGAAAUGUGUAAAAUCAAAAGUUGGUUUUUUUGCUGAACGAUUGUAUGCCAGUAUGCAUGGUAUUGGAACAAAAGAUCGAACAUUAAUUCGCAUUAUCGUUUCUCGAAGUGAAAUUGAUUUAGGUGAUAUUAAAAAAGCUUUUGAAGAACGUUAUGGAAAAUCAUUGGAAAGUUGGAUUGCUGGCGACACAUCUGGUGAUUAUAAAAAAGCUUUACUCUCGCUUGUUUCUACUUAAAUAAAAAAUAAAUUUGAUAAUGAAUUCUUAAACUUAAAUGAUAUUUAUAAAUAUAUGACGAAUGUGUUUUCAAUAAUCUGAACAUAACAUAUUUGUUUAAAAUAUAUAUAUCAAUUUAUUAAUUAAAAAGAUGGAUAUAAAGCAAUAUUUUAUUUUAUUUUUUAUAUAAUUAAAAAGAAUCUCAAAAGAAUUAAUGUGGUAUUUAUUAUGGUAUAUAAUAAAAUAACAUUUAUUUUUGAUGAUGUAUAUUUUAUUAAAUCAUAUAAUUAUAUACUAUAUUUUUAUUAUAAGUAAUUAUAUAUUUUAUAAUAAAAAUUUAAUAUUUACAUCAAUUGUUAUAAAAUCUUUAUAAAAAUAAAUGUAUUAAAAUAUU